AUGACGGAUUCGACGAAGGGCGCCGAGGAGCUGCUCUUGGCUUUGACACAGCAGGUGACGAAGGCGGCCACCGAGCGGCGGGGCUUGGGAGGCGACGUCGAGCCGCGACAGCUCAGCAACGCCUUGUACGGACUCCAGGGCUUCAGCCUCUCCCAAAGACCCGCCGUGCUCCCAGCGCUGCUCCGAGCUCUCGCCAAGUGGGCCACGCCCGCCGGGACGCCCCCCCCUCCUGCUCGGGGCUUCUCGGCUCAGGGGCUCGGCAUGGCCCUCUACGGUCUGCAAGGCAUCGGCCGCUGCGCGGAAGUGGAGGAGCUACUUGAGGCCCUUCUUCCCUAUGUCCGCGGUGCCGCUCCACUGGACGGCCAGGCGGUGGGCAAUGCCUUGUACGGUCUGCAGAGUCUCAACAGCGACUCUGAAGGCCCCCCCUCCCUCAUUAGCCUCUCUUUCUUGGUUUUUGGGGUCUCAGCCUCUCUGUGUCUUGGUGGAAGACUAUGGUGUGAUAUAGGUCUGAGGAAUCGUUAG